AUGAAAAUCCAUCAAACGCCCAUCUCCUUAAUCCUGACUCUAAUCCGACAUCAGAAGUGGGAUACAAGGACCUGUUAGCAACGAUGAAACAGCAAAUGGAUUUCAUGCGUGACGUAUUUCAUACACUAACAAAGAAGGAUGGGGUGGCACUUGAAAAAUUUUCGCUACCACGUUUUAACCCCGGAAGCUUGGGCUCCGACCCAGCCGCAUGGUGUGCGACUGUUGACGUGAUCAUGGAAGAAAAACCUUUGCAAGGCGGUGCGCUACUUUUUGCCUUGAGUGCCGCUCUGGAAAGUUCGGCAGCACAGUGGCUUACACAGAUACCUGCUACUCAAAUUUCCUCUUGGCCAAAGUUUAAAGACCGUUUCCUUACACGCUUUGGUGGGAAAGAAACAGCUGCCACGGCGCUAUGGAAGAUAAAAAAUCAAGCACGACUGGAGGGUGAAACCCUGGGAGAUUACAGCAGCCGUUUACGUUCCUUCCUGAUGGCGAGGUGGGAAAGGUGCACCAAGGACGAGAUAGUCAACGCUGCCGUGCUCCUCCAUAUAGGCUCACAGGACCAGCGCGUCCUACGGAUAGCACUCACAAACGAUAUCAAGACCGAGGACCAGCUCACAGGCGAAAUGACAGCGCUCUCCGAUUCUGUGAAGAGGCCGGCGUCUUCAGUAAGCAACUCCUCCGCGGGUCCCGAAGCUAAACGGCAUAAGUCUUCUGACUCCCGAUACAAGUGCUACCACUGCGGUAGACACGGACAUAAAGCAUCUGAGUGCCGCGAGAGGACAAGACUGGAGGCGGAGAAACGCAAUCGAAAACCAGGGGAAAACCGGGCUGUCACGUCUUCGAAGGUGUCCUGCUACAGGUGUAACGAGGAGGGCCACAUCGCGCCCAACUGCCCGACCUUACGUAGAGGAAACCCCGCUACGAGAGAGGAGCGCCAGGUUAACUUCUGCGUGGUGGAGGCCCCGACCGGUAAAUUAAGUCACCAGGCUACACCCGAGGACGUGUGAUAGUCAGAAUGGCCGUGUCGGAGAUGAAAGAACGCC